CUUAGAUCCAAAAAGUCGACAGAGUGACAGAGUGGUCUCUGGCACAGGAGGCCCAUCACCUAAUUGUCCGUUAAUGAGAUGAGAAUGAUGAAUUAGAUAAAGAAAUCUGAGGCCAAGACAUAAAAGGUUGUAGCGCCAGUCGUAGCUUAAGAACCUAGGAAUAGAAACACCACGCUGCUUUUUCACAUAGUCCUCAAAUCAUUCUACAAGCUAGUCGCAAAUACGUAAUCAUGAUUCUAAAGGAAAUAAUUUUAGUAUGGUUGUGUAUAAACAAUAUUCACGCCCAAACAAAUCAUCCAGUUGUUAUUAAUACUUGGGCGUUUGUAAACUCUUCUAUAGGAGCUUGGAAUGUAUUGGAAAAAGGUGGAUCGUCGCUGGAUGCAAUUGAAAUUGGAGCAAGUAUUUGUGAAAGCCAGCAAUGUGAUGGUACUGUCGGAUAUGGAGGAAGCCCUGAUGAAAAUGGCGAAACCACGCUUGAUGCGCUUCUCAUGAACGGAAAAACUAUGAAAGUAGGCGCGGUCGGUUCUCUGCGUCGAGUGAAAAAUGCUAUAUCCGUUGCGCGACAUGUUUUAGAAUAUACGAAACAUUCUAUUUUAGUAGGAGAUCUUGCUACCGCAUUUGCGGUACAAAUGGGGUUUAAGGAAGAAACUCUUAAUACACAGCAAUCAAAGCAUCUUUGGAUGAAAUGGCAUAAUGAAAAUAACUGUCAACCCAAUUUCUGGAUGGAUGUUAUUCCUGAUUCAAAACAAAAUUGUGGACCAUAUCAGCCAAAGGAACGAUCACAUCAGAAAACGCAUACGAUAAAGGGAGACAGAUAUAAUCACGACACUAUUGGCUUAGUAGCUAUUGAUAAAAAUGGCGACAUAGCUGCUGGUACAUCUUCUAAUGGGGCUAAAUACAAAAUUCCUGGGAGAAUGGGUGAUUCUCCUAUUCCUGGAUCUGGGGCGUAUGCUGAUAAUGAUGUUGGAGGGGCUACCGCAACUGGUGAUGGGGACGUCAUGCUAAGAUUUGUUCCCAGUUUUUUGGCAGUAGAAGAAAUGCGAAGAGGGGCAACACCAACAGAAGCUGCAACAACUGCUGUUAAAAGAAUUGCAAAAUAUUAUCCCAACUAUAUGGGUGCUGUCGUGGCGCUAAGGAAGGAUGGGGAAUACGGUGCAGCUUGUCAUGGUUUGGGUAUGCCGUUUCCAUUCGUUGUUCGUGAUCGUACCAUGGACAAAUCCAAAAUAGUUUCGAUUGAAUGUCUUUAAAUUAAAACGAUAAUUUGUAAUUAUACAUAAUACACCAAUACCUUAAAUAAACAUUACCUUUCA